AUGAUCGUCAUCAGGGGAUUGGUGCAGCCAUUCGCGGGGAGCGCCCGACGGACAUCACCCUGGGCGCUACCCGGAGGCCUUCGCAUCAACCGAGCCAAAUUAGAGUUGCGGAUUCUGCACAACAGUGCGAAAUCGCUGCGGAGAGAAUGGCUUGUCCAGACUUUUGCUGUGGCCAAUGGGGACGUUGGCGGUGGUCGAGAGGGGAAGGUUGCCGGCGCUGGCGACGAGACGGAAAAUGGCUACUGCGUCGUCAGUUUCUACCAUCUGGUGGACAUUGAUUGUCCCCAAAAGGUUGUAAGCAAGCACAAGGAGUGGAUUGGGGGGAGGGACAUCAAGGGACGGAUAUAUUUGAGCAGGCUAGGCAUCAAUGCACAGCUCAGUGGCCUUGUGGAAGAUGCCACAGACUAUGCACGCUGGGUGGAGGGGCAGGAUCUCUUUAAGGGCCUGCGCUGGAGCCAAGAGCCCUGCUCAGGCCACCAGUUCCCUCGACUGCGAUUGCAGUACAAGCCCAACCUCGUUCAACUGAAGGGCGGCAUGGCGUCGCUGCCCAUAACUGACCCAGCUGCCCGUGCCAUGCCUAUGAAAGCUGCCCAAUGGAAGGAGAUGCUCACCAAUGCAAAGCGAGUCACAGUUGGGGAGGGAGGAAAAACGCACCCCAGGGACCAACCAGUGGUUCUGGAUGUUCGGAAUUCCUAUGAAUGGGACGCUGGUCAUUUCGAAGGGGCCAAGCGCCCACAAGAGGAUUGUUUCUGGGAGACACCGCUGGGGAACAAGGAGGAAGAUGUGCCAGAGCCUCUGAAGGGGGCAGACAAAGAGACACCUGUAAUGAUGUACUGCACGGGUGGCAUUCGCUGCGAUGUGUAUUCGACAUUUCUGCGCCAGAAAGGGUUCAAAAAUCUGUACACUCUUGAGGGUGGCAUCCAGCAAUACUUCAAGGAGGCCGGCAACGAGUACUGGAAUGGAAGUCUUUUUGUUUUCGAUGGGAGAAUGGCAGUUCCAGCAAAACAAGCAGGUGGGCAAGAGUUGCCCCUUGAGGCAGCAAGGGCGUGUGAGUUGUGCUCUAGUCCCGCAGAGCUCCCGCACAUGAACUGUGCCAACAUCGACUGCAACAAGCUCUUUGUGGCUUGCAAGGAGUGCAAGGUCAAGUACAGGGGCUGCUGCUGCGAGGAGUGCAUCGAUGCCCCGAGGUUGCUCCGACCUGUCAAGUUGAAAGGGCAGAAUUACGGCCGCUGGGGAAACUAUGCACUGGCUGUUGACGGUGGUGAGGCCUCGCAAAGUGAGAGCAAUCCAGCCAGGGAGCGAAGUGGCUACAAGCUGCGGCGGCAGAGGCGCUUGGAGAGGAUCAGGGCAAAGAGGGAAGCCCAGAAGGAGGAGCGCAGGAAGCGGAAACUCAUGAUAAAGGCAGCAAUGGAGGAGAAAUCCAAGGGCGCAGAUCCUGCACGAAAAUCGUCACUUCGCGAGCACCUCACAGCGCUGUCUUCUAAAGGCUGA